UCCCAGUGGAUUGGCAGGAGAGCGCGUUUGUUCGCUUGUAUGCGGAGCGGCGACAAAGCUUCCGACUUUCCCUCAUCAUGCGGAUUUACGCUUAAAAUUGGCGCCAGUCCUGACGUGAAACGGGAGAAGAGGGAUUCAGAAAACAAGAGGAGGACGCUUCCAUAAGCUCUCGCGUCAUAUGCCGGAUGAAAGUGUGAGAGGAUUAACAACAAUUUAAUGGAUUUAAACGACUUUGUCAGACAAAAGGACGACUAACGGGGUUUCUGGACGAGAGAUCGGGGCACUCCUCUGUUCCGGCGUGAUGUUGGUUUGAUUCAUCCCUAGCCUGGCGGUUUGAAUGAGGAUGAGUCCCCUCCAAGAUGUGCUGCUCCUGUGCGCCGCGCUGACGUGCUUCAUCCAGCCCUCGUCUGCUCAGACCCAGGAAGUGGUGGUUUGUUCGGGCACCCAGAACAGUCUGAGCGUGACGGGAAACUCCGAGAUGGAGUACAAGUUAAAGAAGGAGAUGUACACUGGCUGCGAGAUCGUAAUGGGUAACCUGGAGAUCAUCAUGAUGGAGCACUGGAGGGACUUCUCAUUCCUCAAGUCUAUCAGAGAGGUGACGGGCUACAUCCUGAUCGCUGUGAACCAGUUCAGCCGUCUGCCCCUGGACCACCUGCGCGUCAUCAGAGGUACAACGCUGUAUGAAGGCCGCUUCGCCUUGGCUGUGCUUGUCAAUUACCAGAAAGAUGGGCGGUAUGGCCUACAGGAGCUGGGCCUCACACACCUGACAGAGAUACUGGAAGGAGGGGUCCAGAUUAAGCAAAACAAGUUCCUGAGCUUUGCUCCUCAGAUCAACUGGCUGGACAUAAUGAAGGACCAGACGUCCGAGAUCAUCAUCGACGACAACGGGCCUCAGGAGUCCUGUGAUGAAAAAUGUGGCGAUGUUCCAUGUUGGGGUCCUGGGAAUGACACGUGUCAGAUCUUGACCAAGAGUGUGUGCGCCCCCCAGUGUAACGGCCGCUGUUUUGGACGAAGCCCCAGUGAGUGCUGUCAUAUGGAGUGUGCAGGAGGCUGCAGUGGACCGCUAGACACAGACUGCUUUGUUUGCCGCAACUUCAACAACUCGGGCUCCUGUGUGCCCGUGUGUCCACAGACUCUGAUCUACAACAAGCACACAUUCAAACUGGAACCCAACCCUAGUGCCAAAUACCAGUAUGGAUCCAUCUGUGUGACCCAGUGCCCAACAAACUUUGUUGUAGAUGGCAGCUCGUGUGUGAGCAGCUGCCCCUCUCAUAAGACGGAAGUGGAGAAAGAAGGAGUGAAAAGAUGUGAGCCGUGCGGAGGCCUUUGUCCAAAAGCUUGCCUUGGAACAGGAUCUGCCAACAGGCAGACUGUAGAUGCCCUGAACAUCGACAGUUUCAUCAACUGCACAAAGAUCCAGGGCAGCCUUCACUUCCUGGUGACCGGGAUCCAAGGGGACGUUUACAAAAACAUCCCGGCCCUGGACCCAGAGAAACUAAAAAUCUUCAGAACUGUGCGGGAGAUUACAGAUAUCCUCUGUAUCCAGUCAUGGCCAGCCAACGUGUCCGACCUGUCCGUCUUCUCCAACCUCCAAACCAUUCAGGGCAGAACACUUUACAGAGGCGUGAGCUCUCGAAGGGGCUACUCUCUGCUGGUGAUGAAGAGUCCCUCUCUGACCUCCCUGGGACUUCGCUCGCUGCGGAGGAUCAACGACGGCGGCGUCUACAUCACGGGGAACAAGCUGCUGUGCUACCACAACACCGUCAACUGGACCCGCCUCUUCAGCAGCAGCGGCUCCCGCCCCCAGCAGCGCCAGAAGAUCAUCGACGUCAAGAACAACCGCUCGCCGAACCGAUGCGUUGCAAAGGGCCGUGUUUGUGACCCCCUGUGCUCCUCUGAUGGAUGUUGGGGUCCUGGGCCGAACCAAUGUCUGUCCUGCAAGAAUUACAGCAGGGGGGGGACCUGUGUCCCGCAGUGCAAGUUCCUCACGGGGGAGAGACGCGAGUUUGCUACUGUGAAAAGGGAGUGUAUGCCCUGCCACGCAGAGUGUGAGGUUCAGGAGGGGAAGCCGACCUGCACUGGCCCGGGAGCCGAUGAGUGUGUGGCAUGUGCCAGUUUCAAGGACGGUCCACACUGUGUGUCCACGUGUCCAGAGGGAGUGAUGGGAGGGGAGGGAGUUAUCUUUAAGUACCCCAACAAACAACACCACUGUGAACCCUGCCACGUCAACUGUACCCAGGGGUGCGUUGGCCGUACAUUACGGGACUGCAUUGGGGACCCUCGAGGAGCCAUCUCUAGCCAAACCACCACAGGCAUCAUACUGGGAGUGAUUGUACUUCUGUUUGUUGGAGUCUCCGUUUUUGCGUUGUGCUUUUUGUACCGCCGCAAUCUCGCCAUCCGCCGCAAGCGAGCCAUGAGGAGAUAUUUGGAGAGUGGCGAGAGCUUUGAUCCUCUGGACCCUGCUGAGAAAGGGGAGAACGUUCACGCUCGCCUCCUGAAGCCCGCGGAGCUGCGCAAGACCAAGCUGCUUGGUACCGGAGUGUUCGGAUCGGUCCACAAGGGUGUUUGGAUUCCUGAAGGAGACACGCUGAAGAUUCCCGUUGCCAUAAAGACGAUUCAUGAUCGCACUGGGCGGCAGACCUUCCAUGAAGUUACAGAUCACAUGUUGGCAAUGGGGAGCUUGGACCAUACCAAUGUUGUCAGGAUCUUGGGUAUCUGUCCAGGCAGCAGCCUGCAACUUGUCAGCCAGCUCAGCAACCAGGGCUCCUUAUUGGAGUACAUCAGGCACCACAAGAACAAACUCAGCCCUCAGAGGCUGCUCAACUGGUGUGUGCAAAUUGCAAAGGGUAUGUAUUACUUGGAGGAACAUAGGAUGGUCCAUAGAAACCUGGCUGCCAGAAAUGUUCUCCUGAAGACGGAUAACGUGGUCCAGAUCUCAGGCUACGGCAUUGCAGACCUGUUUUAUCCCGACGAAAAGAAAUAUGUUUACAACGAGGUCAAGACACCAAUAAAAUGGAUGGCACUAGAGAGCAUCUUGUUUCGCAGAUACACCCAUCAGAGUGAUGUCUGGAGUUACGGUGUGACAAUAUGGGAGAUGAUGUCUUACGGGGCAGAGCCGUACGCAAACAUGAGGUCACAGGAGGUACCUGAUCUGUUGGAGAAGGGCGAACGUCUCUCCCAGCCUCACAUCUGCACUAUAGAUGUCUACAUGGUCAUGGUCAAGUGUUGGAUGAUUGACGAGAAUGUCCGCCCGACCUUUAAGGAGCUGGCCAGUGAGUUCACUAAAAUGGCCAGAGACCCGACCCGCUAUCUUGUGAUCAGGGAGGACUGCGGCCCUCAAGAGUCUUCUCUAGAUGAGCUUCACCAGAGAAGCACAGACCUGGUCGGGUUAGAUGGUGAGCUGGAGGAGCAGGAGGUGGAUGGGUUGAAGGACGGGACGAACCCACAUGCCCUCUCUUGCCCUCAGUCCAGGAGCCUCUCUCACCUAUCCAAGAUGGACAGUCACAAAGUGGUCCUGACAUCAUCAAGCCUGGCUGGUUACCUGCCCAUGACUCCAGGUGUUGAUAGCCCAGGACAGGGUUGGCCUUCAGUGAUGUGGCAGUCACGCUCACGGCUAAACUCGGCCCGGACGGUGUCUGAGAGCUCAGAAGGCCAUGGCAUGGUGGUGGAACUAGAACUGAAUGAGGACCUCUCAUUAGCUGGAAGUCUGAAGAGGAAACGUCAUCGCACGGACAGCGCUUAUAUGUCACAGAGGGAUAGCAUGUCUGGCGAGCCUCCUGAAACUCCGUCUCCAGACAUGGAGGAUGAGGAAGACCAGAAUGGAUAUGUGCUCCCUGGAGACAGCCCAGAACGAGACACCAUCCUGUCCACUUGUCGAGGCAUUCGGUCACAUGACAGGAUGCGCAAGGCUCACUCAUCAGAACUCUUGGGAGGUCCAGACAAUGAUGAAUACGAGUACAUGAACAAACAGACGUGCCGACCAUCUCCCCCAACCAGGCAGGGCAGCACUCUCAAAGACAACACCCUGUGGCUGAAGAUGAGUAAGAGGCAAGCUUCCUCACAAGUGACCGCAGGCUCAGGUGACACCACAUGGUCUGCAGAGGAUAGGGAAGGGUGCACAAGACACGAGGAUUCAAAUCCAGAUCCAAAAGACCAGGACUCUCACAAUGUUCAAUAUGAAUACAUGGACAUAAGAGGCUGUGAAAUAGAGGACUACGGUCCCCCAACGUAUAACCCCCCUCACCAAGCAUCAAUGGUAAAUGAACAAGCGGGAGUUAGAGGAGGAGAGGCAGAGGAUGAAGAGGAGGAAGACUAUGUGGAGGACAGUAACUAUCAGUACACCAACAAACAGCCAAAGUUGCGGCAGGCUCUCCAAAGCAGGAAGGAGCAGAGGGUGCAGGGAAGGAGUAAGGGCGAAGCCUGCGAGUAUGAAGAAAUGGACUCCCUCGUAGGUGCAGGAGCUUGGGAUGAGGCAGUUUACCAGAAUGUUCAAGGGCAGGUGGAGGGGGCUACAGGGGGCACAGAGACACAGCAGUGUGAAUUGGACCCCUAUGUAAAGGUGCAAACCGGAGUUGGAAUCAGGGAACCUCGGGGUGGAGACCAGUCUUUUGACAAUCCAGGUUACUGGCACAGCAGGAUGUUCCUUAAGACAAAGGCAUGAAGAAAAAUGUCCCAACAACCAUGAAACAAUGUUUCAUUUAAAGCUAUCAUCUUCCCUUUGACAUCUAUUCAAUGAAGGACCUUGGAAGGGCAAAUGCAAUCAAAGGCCAUCUUAAGAAUGUAGCCUAUGACACAAAAACAACAACAAUGCAUUAUUCUUUUAACACUGUCCUGUCUGUUACAGGUUGACAUGUUAUGUCUUUAGACAUUACACCUCUUGGGUAUCCUCUGUAAUGAGGAUGGCACUGAAUGUUGGAAACAAUAUCAAAUAUGACCAGAUUACAAGCUCUAUUUUCAGUUUACUUAUUGAAAAACGAACAAAAUGUGUGUGUGUGUGUUAUUUUUGUAAAAACAAACAAUUUCUUCUUUCGGAGUUUGGAUUUCCAUGCGUUGAAAUGUCUUCUAGUGAUUACGGCUCAUAUCCAACAUAUUUUCCACACACUGGAAUAAAAGAUGUUUAAUUUCUGUAAAGACCGAUUAGGGUUUAUAUCCAACAUAUUUUCUGCACACUGGAAUAAAAGAAGUUUAAUUUCCCUAAA